AUGUUAAAUAAGAGAACAACAGAAGUAUACGCUUUAGGUCAACAUAUAUCUAUGUCUGCUCACAAAGCGCGAAGAGUAAUUGAUCAAAUUCGUGGGCGUUCCUACGAAGAAACACUUAUGAUAUUAGAACUCAUGCCUUAUCGAGCAUGUUAUCCCAUUUUUAAAUUAGUUUAUUCUGCAGCAGCAAAUGCUAGUUCCAAUAUGGGUUCGAAUGAAGCAAAUUUAGUGAUUAGUAAAGCCGAAGUAAAUAAAGGUACUAUCAUGAAGAGAUUAAAACCUCGAGCUCGAGGGCGUAGUUUUGCGAUACAAAAACCUACCUGCCAUAUAACUAUUGUAAUGAAAGAUAUAUCCUUAGAUGAAUAUAUAGAUACCGACUCUAUUGCAUGGUCACAAAAUAAAAAAAAGGAUACAACUAUGUCGUAUUAUGAUAUGUAUAGUAAUGGGGGAACAUGGGACAAAAAAUAA